CGAACAACAGUAUCGUACUCCCUCUUUCGAUUUUUUAAACCCUACUCAGAAGCCAUUAGGGUUCUACCCCCACAAGAACACCAAACAAAAUGAUGAGCUUGUUCCUUAGGAGGUCAACCUCACUGGCCUCCAGGCGGUUCUUAGCCGCUGCCUUGACCUCAGUCGAGACUCUUCUGCACCACCACUCUGCAUCCGUUACGUCAACAUCCGCCGUCGUUGUUCCCGGUGAGAUUAAAUCGGCUUCCGGAUUCAGUUCACUGGUCGGCCAGUUUAGGAGGGGGUUUCAUGUGAAAUCGGGGCCGUUGAAUUUCAGGGCGUCGGUGGCGGCACAGGCGGAGUAUGCUGUAGCAGAUUAUGGAUACGAUGAGGAGAAGAGAGGGGCUACUACUGGCGGGCAUACUGAGGAGGGGCUUGAGAUUGCGAAUCUUCGGAUAUCUGGUGAUAUUGUGUCUGCUUUGGCGGGGAGGGGUAUCACAAAAUUGUUUCCUAUUCAGAAAGCUGUGUUGGAGCCAGCAAUGCAAGGGCGUGACAUGUUCGGUCGAGCUAGAACAGGAACAGGGAAAACUCUUGCUUUUGGGAUUCCCAUCAUGGAUAAAAUCAUCGAGUUCAAUAAAAAGCACGGAAAAGGAAGAAAUCCAUUGGCCUUAGUUAUGGCACCGACUAGAGAACUUGCACGACAAGUUGAGAAGGAAUUCCAACAGUCAGCACCAGUUUUGGAUACUAUAUGUGUUUAUGGCGGCACACCCAUAUCAAGCCAAAUCAGGCAGCUUGACUAUGGUGUUGAUGUAGCUGUUGGAACACCUGGUCGUAUCAUUGAUUUGAUCAAGAGAAGUGCGUUAAAUCUCUCAGAGGUUCAGUUUGUUGUUCUUGAUGAAGCUGAUCAAAUGCUUAGCGUGGGCUUUGCCGAAGAUGUUGAUGUAAUCUUGGAGAGGCUGCCACAUAAACGUCAGACCAUGAUGUUCUCCGCAACAAGGCCAACUUGGAUAAGAGAGCUUGUCAAGAAGCAUAUGAAUAAUCCUACAAUCAUUGAUCUUGUGGGAGAAUCUGAUCAGAAGCUGGCAGAUGGAAUAACCCUUUAUUCUAUUUCUUCAGAUAUAUAUGGAAAAGCUUCAAUUAUCUCUCCUCUUAUAACUGAACAUGCAAAAGGAGGGAAGUGCAUUGUUUUUACACAAACCAAACGUGAUGCUGACCGUCUGGCAUAUGCUAUGGCGAGGAACUUGAGAUGUGAGGCUCUGCAUGGGGAUAUUUCUCAAAGUCAAAGGGAAAGGACGCUCUCAGGCUUCAGGGAUGGGCAUUUUAAUGUAUUAGUUGCUACUGAUGUUGCUUCUCGUGGCCUUGAUAUACCCAAUGUUGAUCUGGUAAUCCAUUACGAACUGCCAAACACUUCCGAGACUUUUGUUCAUCGAUCUGGUCGUACGGGUCGUGCUGGGAAGAAAGGAACUGCAAUUUUGAUGUACACACAGGAUCAAAGCAGGGCGGUCAGGGUUAUUGAACGUGAUGUUGGAUGCAAAUUUACAGAGCUUCCUAAGAUUGCUGUCGAGGGUGGAGCUGCGGACAUGUUCAGUGGCAUGGGUGGUGGUGGUCGAUUUGGCAUGAGAGAGAGUCGAUUCGGAGAUACAGGAUUUGGACGUUCUGGUAGUCGAGGGGAUUAUGGAUCUGGUCGGUCUGGAGGAAACAGGAGUUCUGGGUUUGGUCGCUCUGAUGGAUACGGUGGUUCAUCUUCCAGUUCAAGGGAUGGAUAUGGUGGAUCUGGCUCUGGACGUUUUGGUUCUGGUGGUUACCGUUCUGGGAAUUUUGGUUCUCAUGGUGGUGAUCGUGGUUUUGGGAACUUUGGUUCAGGUCGUCCUAGUGGAUUUGGUGGCAAUCAGUCAAGCCGAAGUUCUCGUGGUUUUGGUGAAUUUGGUUCAGGACGUUCUGGUGGAUAUGGUGAUAAUCGAUCAACCCAGAGCAGUGGUGGUUUUGGCGGUUUUAAUUCUAGUCGAUUCGGUGGCCGCUCUGCUGACAACAGGAUUGCUGAUGAUUAGAAGGCCAUUCUGUCUUCAUAGUUUGUGGUGAGAAGGCAAUAUAUAUAACUAAUGCCCAGAUAAAAUGGACAAUGGGAAACGACAAUCCGAUAUAAUAUCUAGUUUGCUGAUGGGCUGCAAGGCAGGAUGGGUUCCGGUUGCUGACAGUACUUGCAGUGAGUACUUGAUACCUUAUUGUUGAUGGACAUUUAGCCUAUAAUAUUAUCCAUAAAUAAGUCAUUAAUCUAGCUCGUGUGUGAUGUAUAAAGUUUAGGAAAUUAGUAUACUACUUUAAUAAUUCUUUCCUUUUUAUUUCUUUUGUUUUUUUCCCCCCUUUUAAACUCAAUUUCUUAGAAUAUGUCAGCUUUCUAGUAUUCGCCCCAUUCAAUACAAGAAGGAAUAUGUUGGGUGGUUGGUAUUUUUUUAAAAA